CACGCCGGGAGGGAGCUGUAAGGCCCUGGAAACCGCCAGCCAGUGCCAGCGCCUGAGGACGCCUCGGGGCAAGUGUCAGGUCAUGAUGCCGCCACCGCGGAGCAAGAAGCCCAGAUAGCUGCCCCUGCAGCCUGGCUCCUGGAGCCCCCUGAUGCUGGCAGUGGGGCCCGCCAUGGACGGGGAGCUCCCUUCGCACGAGCCCCCGCCAGCUGGCAGCGUCCUGUACAGUCCGCCGCCCCUGCAGACCCCGCUGUGUGGGCCCAGCGUCCAGGACACCAUGCUGCACUACCCCUGGUGGAACAGCUUCUCGCCCACGACAUACCCAGCCUUCUCCAGUGAAAGCCACCAGUUCAUGAAUUCCUCCUUCAUCAUGGGCCAGCCCUGCAUGGACACCAGCUAUGGCCCUGCGGCCACCGCCCCCAGCUUCCCACCAAAGAGCAGUGAUUUUCCUCAGGACUCCUCAUACCUCGAUGACCUCUCCAACGCUUCCAUCUUCUCCUCGUCCGUGGACUCCCUCUCGGACAUAGCCGACACGCCUGACUUCCCGCACGCUGACAGCCUCAGCCAGGUGCCUACCAUCUGGGACGUGAGCACCGGCCCCUCCGCCCAUGACAAGCUGUUCCCGCCCAGUGGGCCAUUUACAGGCCUCGAGGACCCUGUGUCCUCCCUCCCCAGCACCCCACUUCUCAUCAGCUACCAGGCUCAGAGUCAGCCUGAGGAGGACGACGAGGCCGAGGAGGAUGAGGCAGAGGAGCUGGGCCACGCGGAGACGUACGCUGACUACGUGCCAUCCAAGUCCAAGAUUGGGAGGCAGCACCCGGACCGUGUGGUGGAGACCAGCACGCUGUCCAGCGUCCCGCCGCCGGACAUCACCUACACCCUCGCCCUACCCUCCUCGGACAGCGGGGCCCUGUCCGCCUUGCAGCUGGAGGCCAUCACCUAUGCCUGUCAGCAACAUGAGGUCCUGCUCCCCAGCGGGCAGCGCGCGGGCUUCCUCAUCGGAGAUGGCGCGGGUGUGGGUAAGGGCCGCACGGUGGCCGGUGUCAUCCUGGAGAACUACCUGCGGGGCAGGAAGAAGGCCUUGUGGUUCAGCGUCUCCAAUGAUCUCAAGUACGACGCGGAGCGCGACCUCCGGGACAUCGCCGCCCCCGGCAUCGCGGUGCACGCACUGAGCAAGAUCAAGUACGGCGACAACACUACCUCAGAGGGCGUCCUCUUCGCCACCUAUUCCGCCCUGAUCGGUGAGAGCCAGGCCGGUGGGCAGCACCGCACGCGCAUCCGGCAGAUCCUGGAGUGGUGCGGGGAGGCCUUCGACGGCGUGAUUGUGUUUGAUGAGUGCCACAAAGCCAAGAACGCAAGCUCCACCAAGAUGGGCAAGGCUGUGCUGGAUCUGCAGAACAAACUGCCCCUGGCCAGGGUGGUCUAUGCCAGCGCCACAGGUGCCUCUGAGCCCCGGAACAUGAUCUACAUGAGCCGCCUGGGCAUCUGGGGUGAGGGCACACCCUUCCGGACCUUCGAGGAAUUUCUGCAUGCCAUCGAGAAGAGGGGUGUGGGCGCCAUGGAGAUUGUGGCCAUGGACAUGAAGGUCAGUGGCAUGUACAUCGCUCGCCAACUCAGCUUCUCUGGUGUCACCUUCCGUAUCGAGGAGAUCCCGCUGACCCCGGCCUUCGAGCGCAUCUAUAACCGGGCAGCCCUGCUGUGGGCCGAGGCCCUGGGCGUGUUCCAGCAGGCAGCCGACUGGAUCGGCCUGGAGUCGCGCAAGUCCCUGUGGGGCCAGUUCUGGUCAGCCCAUCAGCGCUUCUUCAAGUACCUGUGUGUGGCCGCCAAGGUGCACCGGCUGGUAGAGCUGGCCCAGGAGGAGCUGGCCCAGGACAAGUGUGUGGUCAUCGGGCUGCAGUCCACAGGUGAGGCGCGGACCCGGGAGGUGCUGGGCGAGAAGGAGGGACAGCUUGAUGGCUUCGUGUCCGCCGCCGAAGGCGUCUUUUUGUCGCUAAUUCAGAAGCACUUUCCUUCAACCAAGAGAAGGCGAGAGAGAGGAGCAGGCAGUAAGAGAAAGCGGCGGCCACGGGGCCGUGGGGCCAAGGCGCCCAGGCUGGCGUGUGAAGCGGCGGGUGUGAUCCGCAUCAGUGAUGACAGCAGCACGGAGUCAGAUGGCGGCCUGGACAGUGACUUCCACUCCUCCCCCGAGUCCCUGCUGGACGACGAUGUGGUCAUCGUGGAUGCCAUCGGGCUCCCGGCCGAUGACCGCGGCCCCUUGUGCCCCCCACAGCGGGACCUGCACGGCCCCGGUGUCCUGGAGCGGGUUGAGCGGCUGAAGCAGGACCUGCUGGCCAAGGUGCAGGCGCUGGGCCGGGAGCUGCCAGUCAACACCCUGGACGAGCUCAUCGAUCAGUUAGGGGGCCCAGAGUGCGUGGCCGAGAUGACCGGCAGGAAGGGCCGCGUAGUGUCCAGACCUGACGGGACAGUGGCGUUCGAGUCACGAGCGGAGCAGGGUCUCUCCAUUGAUCACGUGAACCUCAGGGAGAAGGAACGCUUCAUGAGUGGGGAGAAGCUUGUGGCCAUCAUCUCAGAGGCCUCCAGCUCUGGUGUCUCCCUCCAAGCUGACCGCCGCGUCCAGAACCAGCGGCGCCGGGUGCACAUGACGCUGGAGCUGCCCUGGAGUGCUGACCGAGCCAUCCAGCAGUUUGGGCGGACCCACCGCUCCAACCAGGUCUCUGCGCCGGAGUACAUCUUCCUCAUUUCGGAGCUGGCGGGGGAGCGUAGGUUUGCUUCCAUCGUGGCCAAGCGGCUGGAGAGCCUGGGGGCUCUGACCCACGGGGACCGCCGUGCCACUGAGUCCCGGGACCUGAGCAAGUACAACUUUGAGAACAAGUACGGCGCCCGGGCACUCAGCUGCGUCCUUACCACCAUCCUAAGCCAGACGGAGAGCAAGGUGCCACUGCCCCAGGGCUACCCCGGAGGGGAUGCCACCUUCUUCCGCGACAUGAAGCAAGGGCUGCUGUCAGUGGGCAUUGGCGGGCGUGAGUCCCGGUCCGGCUGCCUGGACGUGGAGAAGGACUGCUCCAUCAGCAAGUUCCUGAACCGCAUCCUGGGGUUGGAGGUGCACAAACAGAACGCACUCUUCCAGUACUUCUCUGACACCUUUGACCACCUCAUCGCUGCCGACAAGAGGGAGGGCAAAUACGACAUGGGCAUCCUGGACCUGGCCCCUGGCAUCGAUGAGAUCUACGAGGAGAGCCAGCAGGUGUUCCUGGCGCCCGGGCACCCGCAGGACGGACAGGUGGUCUUCUACAAGAUCAGUGUGGACCGCGGCCUAAAGUGGGAAGAGGCCUAUGCCCGGUCGCUGGAGCUGACGGGCACCCACGACGGCUUCUACCUCUCCUACAAGGUCCGCGGCAACAAGCCCAGCUGCCUGCUGGCCCAGCAGAACCGCGGCAAGCUCUUCACCGUGUACAAGCCCAACAUAGGGCGGCAGAGCCAGCUAGAGUCCUUGGAUAGCCUGAGCCGGAGGUUCCACCGGUUUCCCGCCCGCCGACCAGCUGGGGAGUUCGGACAGGCUCCUGCAGGGGCUGAACCCGCUGUGUCCUCAGGUGACGGCAGAGGAGGCCAGGGAGCCCUGGGAAAGCAGCUACACGUUCUCGCUGACGCACUGCAGCCACACCACGUGGAACCGGCACUGCCGGCUGGUGCAGGAGGGCAAGGACUGCGCACAGGGCCUGCGGCUGCGCCACCACUACAUGCUGUGCGGGGCCUUGCUGCGCGUGUGGGGCCGCAUCGCCGCCGUCAUGGCCGAUGUCACCAGCAGCAGCUACCUGCAGAUCGUGCGCCUCAAGACCAAGGACAAGAAGAAGCAAGUCGGCAUCAAGAUCCCAGAGGUUUGCGUGCGCCGAGUCCUGCAGGAGCUGCGGCUGAUGGACGCUGACGUGAAGCGCAAGCAAGCGUGCACUCGGGGUCUCCUUGCACCGCCGCCCACCCCACGCCCGCUUGCUUUGCCCUUCGGCCCUGGGGAGGUCCUGGACCUCACGUAUAGCCCGCCGGCCCAGGCCUUCCCCACGCCCUCACCCUUCACCUUCCCGGCCCUGGGCCCGGGCCUGGGCCCAGGCCCCGGCUCCGGCGGCCAGCUGCUAGGCGCCCCCGACACCCCCGACGCCCCAGCUGACCCCGUGGCACUUCUGCACCAGGGCUGUGAAAUCAACUUUAAGGAGGUGCUGGAGGACAUGCUGCGCUCGCUCAAUGCCGCGCCGCCCCCUGAACCCCCCGGCCCUCUGGGUGCGGGAGCGGCGGGGGCACCGGCCGGUGGAGCACCAGAGCGGCAGAGCGUCAUCCAGUUCAGCCCCCCGUUUCCCAACUCCUAGGUCCAGGCAUCCUUCCCGAACGAAACUUAUUUAUCCGUAAUAGGCUCCCAUCUACACGGGGAAGAGGGUGGCUAGCCGAGCAGGUCCAGGACCCCAGCCGACUACUGAGAGGAGCAGGGCCAGGGGCCCCUCGUCCAGCCUCCUGAGGCCUCCAUUGCAGUGCCUUCCCGCCCGGUGCCUGGGCAGACCCCCAAAAUGCUGUCCGCCCCGGGGGGACCUCCGAGGCCUUGCCUGGUGGGCAGAGGCCUUGUGCAGCCCCCACUCAGGAUACUUGGGGGCCAGGCAGGGCCUGGGGUGGCGGUCCUUCUUCUCUGUGCCUCUAUCCUCUACUGCCCCCCUCCAGGCCUGGGUUGGGGCUCCCACCCCACCCACCUUACAAGGCCCUGUUCAGGCCUGUACCCCUGACAUCCGCAAAACUGGGUGGCCCCAAGAGCUGGAAACUCAGGAAAUCCCAGGUGCUCAGGGCCCCACCGCCUCUGGGGGGCUCCAAGGGGCAGAUCCCCUCUUAAUAUAUGCAACCCCUCCCUGCUCUCUGUGCCCUAAAUUAUUGUCCAGCCACCUCUCUCAGGGGCCUGGAAUCCCUGCAGAGCUGGUGGCUGGCCCCCUGGUUUCUAUGUGUAUUUAUAAUUAAUUCAAGUGUAUAUAUGUAAAGAGAUCUUUUUUAAAUAUAUGUGCCUUUUCACUA